AUGAGCGUCAUUCUUUGCACCGCCGGAUAUGACCACACCAUUCGUUUCUGGGAAGCUCUGUCUGGAAUAUGCUCGCGCACUAUCCAGCAUCCGGACUCUCAAGUAAAUCGCUUAUGCAUCACUCCAGACAAGCGCUAUCUGGCCGCUGCAGGUCACAACAAUGUCAAAUUGUAUGAUAUCAAGUCCACUAAUCCCAACCCAGUUAUGACCUUUGAUGGUCAUACGAACAACAUUACCGGUGUUGCAUUUCACUGCGAAGGCAAGUGGAUGGUCACUAGUUCGGAAGAUGGCACGGUGAAAGUGUGGGACACACGCACCGGCAGUCUACAACGCAAUUAUGCCCAUAAAGCCCCCGUCAAUGACGUUGUUAUUCACCCCAACCAGGGUGAACUUAUCAGUGGUGAUCGUGCUGGCAUUGUCCGGGUUUGGGACCUGGGCGAGAGUGUCUGCACUCAUCAGCUAAUUCCGGAAGAUGACGUUGCUGUGCAAAGUGGCAACGUUUACAUCUGGCGCAUGGUCCAAGAUGCUGAAUUAACUCGCAUCGUCCCAAUGUGCACCUUCCAAGCUCACAAAGACUACCUCACUCGCAUCCUUCUCUCACCAGACGUCAAGCACCUCGCCACCUGCUCAGCAGACCACACAGCCAAAGUCUGGAACCUUGAUCUCGACUAUCCCCCGGCCAAGAUAGCUGCCGCGCAAGCAGCCAAGGCCAAGGCCAAAGGCAUCACCCCAGAACCUAAAGAGACACCGUCAUCCCCACCUCCCUCAGAAAGCCUGGUGAACACUCCAAGCAGUGAACAGGGCAGAGCCGACUUUAUCAACCCAUUCAGCUUUAUCAACGGAACCCCGCCGCCCACCAAUGAGCCCCAGCAAACCUUCCCCGUACAAGAAGAUGGCCCCCCAGUAGAUCCGAAUACCAACACCCUUUACCUGGAGACGACCCUCGCAAAUCACCAGCGAUGGGUGUGGGACUGUGCCUUUUCCGCCGAUUCAGCCUAUCUAGUCACCGUUUCAAGUGACCACUACGCUCGUCUCUGGGAGUUGGCUUCGGGCCAGGUUAUCCGUCAGUACAGUGGGCAUCACCGCGGGGCGGUGUGCGUUGCUCUGAACGAUUAUUCUGAGCCUCGGUGAGAGGUCCUGAGGUACGCACCGUUGUUGUCAGUUGUCAGUUAGUCCUUCUUCAUGGUUAGCAUGGCGCCUGGGAUUGGGUGAAGCACGGAGGCAUUUUGCCUUCUGCAUUGGAGUUCAGGCUUUGUUUGUUCCCACUUUGUAUUGUUUUGGAUGUCUACGAGUCUUAUGGCAUUCUCACGUAUGAUUGCGGUAUAUCCAAUACGAAAUAAAGAAUAUACGUAUAAUAGUCCGUCUGUACAAGUUUUUUUAUAUAUUCCCCUACAGAUGUAUCGAUACGGUCAGAAACACACAAGGUAUAAGGCUCACCCGAGAAAAAAAACAUCAUACCAACAAAUGAUAGGACAGAAACCCUUAUCUGGCUCGUUGCUCCUUGCUCCCAAAGCAAAUCGAAAAAUAAUAAUACUAAAAUAAUAGAGGGAAGAAUAAAUCGUAAAAUAACGACCAUGGAUCUCUAAGAAUCAACCAAAACCACCAAAGAUAUCAGGAACCGUUUUAUCUUUCCUUUGCCCCCGUACAAGUUGAUAGGCUUGGAUUUAAUUGACGGCGAACCAUGUUACACUCACGACGACAUCCAAGCCCCGCUCAUCAGCACCGGGGUACUUGAAUGUCCACAUGCCAUCGCGGUUAACAUCCCAGAAGGCGCCGGAGGCGGAGUGCAUACCGCGCUUGCCGGUGUUGCUGGCGGCACCCUCUGCAGCGGCGGACUUGUCGAUCAGGCCUUGUUGCACGAUG